GGUUAACGACGUGGAAACGAACCUGAAAUAGCGUGAGAGAGAGGUCAGUAAUAGAUUCAGUGCGUCAGUCACGGUCUUACAAAGAUUUACCAGCGGAGCUCUCAGUUUCUGAAGCUCUCAAAAAUAAAGAAUGGCGGUUCAUCAUCAUCUAAUUCAAUUUCCAAUCCUAUUUCUAAUUCCCGCCUUAUUAUUACUAUUCCCUUCUCUCUUCGCUCUCUCAGUUUCAGAAACCACAUGUUUGCCUUCACACAACGACGACAACCACAUAGCCUGCGAAUUGCACCAAAUCAAGCUCAAGAUCUCUCAAUUAGAAUCAAUUCUUGAAGAAAGCGUGCAAAAUCUAAAUCAGAAAAGCCUUUACCUCAAAGAGCGUGAGGAGAUAAUUGAGGCCAUGUCACGUAAGAUCCAAUCUCUGCAGUCUACUCUAGAUGCUAUGAAGAAUGAAUCUACACGAGCUGAUGAAAGGCUCGGUGCUUUAGAAGAAGAGGUGCGAAGUCUUUGGGCUGCAUCAAGAAAGAUCAACUUUGAUAUUUAUAAUUUAGAAUCUAAAGCACAAGAUGCAGAGAACAGAUUGGAAAAGGUUACUUCACAAGUUGAAAAGAUGUCUGACAUUGUUACAGAGCAAUGGAUUCAAAUUCAGCAGCUUGAGCAGGCACUUCAAAUUGCUGAAAUGAGGGCAUUGAGGGCUCGAAGGCAAGUAGGCUUUACAAGAUGUACAUUCUUGAAGUUCGUCAACAACCGUUUUGGAAAUCGUCCUCAAAAUUUGUUUAGCAUGCUGGAUCCUUAUGUAUUUGGCAAAAGGUCUUCCUUGAAUUCCUACGUCUCUCAAGCUCUGCAUCAGUUGAAAAGAGGAUUCAUUGUAGCUAAAAAGUAUCACCAUCAGUUGCAAGGUUUCAUCAAACAAGAAAUGGAAAGAAAUGAAUUUACUGCAGCUUAUGCCAACAGUGAAUUGGUUUUCUUUUUGGCUUCUGCUCUAAUUACUUUCCCAAUAAUGGGUGCUUGGGUGUUCCUUUUAUCACAAUUCAGCUAGUUGGACAAUGCUUUCUUUUGAAGAGGAGAAUGUGGAGGGAAAAAAAUUGUUUUAUGUUUUAGGCUUGGGUAAGUAGAACUGAAGCACUUACCAAGGCGAAAAGAAAUUUGAAACUGAUAGGAUGGGUUCAAUCUUGUGGGUUUCAGCCAGAAAAUUGUAAGAGCCAUAUUAACCAUAUGUUUUUGUAAGGAAAUUAUGUAAUAACUCUUGGUUAAGGUUAAAAAAAUAAAUAAAUAAAAAAAAGCAUUUCCCUCUGCAAGAAUCCCAAGCGUAACUGAUUUGAAUUACGUGAAACCUUUUUUUUUCCCCCAAUGAAGAGGCUUAAUUUCACAAAAUUUCUGAGAAAAUCCAAAAUAUGCAUAUCUUUGAGUUUUUUAACAAGAUCUUAUACUGUACAAAUACUCCCAUAGCAAUUUUCGGAAGGAUAUAUAAUUGUCUCCCUCAGUUCACUAUCAUUAUCAUAGAGAUCCUUCCAUUUGUGAAUUGUCACAUUGGUAGUGUCAAGUAACUCUUGCAAAUGCAGAUAUCCUUAUACAUCUCAAUAUCUGGACACAGUUUUCUUUGAUUGUUUUAUUAUCAUUUAUCAGUCAGAUCAACAAGGAUUUUGUGACUUUUACCCUUGCAUGAUUCUCUAGCACAAUAACAUAGACUAUGGAGAUUGCCUUAUUAUCUCUAAGUUCUGUGUUUGUCCUAGAGUAGAAGAAUCAACCUAUAUAGAACAUGUGUGCAACUUACUGCACACAUAAAAGAAGUGAUAUGGCAAUUAUAUGAGAUGGGAGAUGCCAGUUUUGUGGGUGGUUUUCUGGAUGAGAUUGUUGUUCAUAUUAUUGUCUGGAAAUGAACGAGAGAAAUGUGGGACAGGAUGGAUGACGUGGAGAAAGAAAAUUAUUAUGUCUUUCGAGAGAAAACAGAUCUAUCUGAAAGGAGGGGGGACACACUGACAUCCCACUUUCAACUAAAGAAAUUGUACUGAAUUCUGUCUAGCGGUUCUUUUGCUGAAUUUUAAUUUGCAACACCAAUAAUUUGAGAGAGAAAACAGAUCUAUCAGAAAGGAGGGGGGGACACAUUGACAUCCCACUUUCAACUAAAGAAAUUGUACUGAAUUCUGUCUAGCGGUUCUUUUGCUGAAUUUUAAUUUGCAACACCAAUAAUUUGAGAGUUCUUCUACAACCACACCAAUAAUUUUUAGGAAUGGCAACAAGUUGGGUUUUUUCAUAUCCAGACCUGCCCUGCGGGUCUAGACCCGUUACCCAGACCCAACUCAUUUAAUUAACGGGUUUUUAUACGGAGCCUAGACCCGCCCUGAUGGGACCCAUGGGCCUCGUUUAGCCCAACCAGAUUUGGGCCCAAAUCGUCCCAACCAAUUUUUUUUUUUUUUUUUUUGAAUUAAGCCCAAAUAUUAACUGCUAAGGCUGAUGGCUGCCAUCAAUUAAUUCAAUGAAGUUUUUCCCAUACUAAUCUAGCACCUAAACACCUCCAAUUUUUGUAUUUGAAAAUUUUCAAGUAAAUCUACAACUGAAAAAAAAAAGAAAAAGAAGAGUUUUCCCCUUGCUUCUUCAUGUUAAGCGAUAAAGAUUCAUCACUCAACAUACCAUUGACAAAAGCAUAAAAAAAGAAUAAAAAAAAAAAGAAUAUUCAAAUACAAGGCAGAUCUGCCAGGGCAGUUUCACAAAAGCAUAAAAA